GACGUGAAGUAUCUGAUUGCGUUGGUUGAUCAGCCAGUGAAACAUCCGGAACUUUCCAGCAUCAACUUCCAAACACAGCGGCUUGCUCAUAAGCUGUUCUUCCGUAGGACUUACCGAGAGGAUAUGGCAUCAUCGCAGUGAGCUGACAGCCGCCUCACACUUACACCAUCACAUACAGAUAGCUAGCAUUAUAUUGGUUCCUGAUACAACGCACUCGUCUCAGAUAGGGCCAUUAACCUCCUAUCGAACACAACGAUCCGAGAAGUGAGAGCACGAGUACAUAUACACACUAAGAUAGAGCCAGUGUAUCCCGAGCACCUGCACCCCUGUCGAGCCAAGGAAUAAACAGCAAUGGCGAAGACCAAGAUUGCCGUAGCCAUUGCCAUCCUAGCUCUGUUUCCGCUCUCUUGCGCCGCAGCCCGGCAGCACGGCAAGCCAGCGCACGGCGACCACGACGGCGACGGCACCCCUGCUGUGAUGACGGUGAACGGUUUCAAUCGAGGCGAGGACGGCGGCGGUGCAGCAUCUUGUGAUGGCCGUUUCCACAGCGACGACGACCUGAUCGUGGCGCUGUCCUCGCGGUGGUACGCGGGAGGGAAGAGGUGUGGCGAGGCUAUCCGCAUCACAGCGAACAGCGGGCGCACCGUGAGGGCACGGGUCGUGGACGAGUGCGACUCCCAGGGAGGAUGCCGCAACAACAUCGUGGAUUCCUCCCGCGCUGUUUGGAAGGCGCUCGGGCUCCAUACGGACGCCGGCGAGGUCCACGUCACAUGGUCAGACGCCUGAACACGUCACGUGCUCUGAGUUGGAUGGCCACACGGCGACAGGGAAAUUGGAAAC